ACCUAGCGCACCGUUGUCGACGAGUGUUUACGGGCGGUAAAUAAUUUCUUUUGGAUGGCUUGGCUGAGCUGAAAAAAUUAGGAGUGGCAUGGAAUAGCUUAAUUCUACAGUUUAGACAGUUCAGUGUAAUAAUUAUAUGCGGUUGUGAUAUGUGAAGCAAGAAAAGCGUUGUCAUUACAUACCAACCGCAGUGGAAAUGGGUCACUUGAACGUGAAAAAUUACAACACAAGCAGCCACCGACGCAUAGAAACUUCCAUCCAAAUAAUGUGGAAUAAUUCGUCAAAUCGGAUACGUACCAAUCUGUUCCUACUUCUAUUCGGAAUUGCAGCAACUUCAUUUCUAAGCCACACCGAGGCUGGUUUCGCCUGUCUCAGUAAUCCUUGCGUUUACGGAGUUUGCAUCGACGAUAUUAAUAGCACGUACUCUUGUUACUGUAUCGACGGUUACACCGGAACACACUGCCAAACGAACUGGGAUGAGUGCUGGUCUAGCCCCUGCCGGAAUGGAGGCACCUGUAUUGACGGGAUCGCAGCAUAUAACUGCACGUGUCAGGAUGGGUUCAUUGGACUCAACUGCGAAGAGAACUUCAACGAGUGUCUCUCGAACCCGUGUCAGAAUGGCGGAAGUUGCCACGAUCAGGACAAUGCGUUCAUAUGCAGCUGUGCACCAGGCUAUGUUGGUAUAUUCUGCGAAGUGGACGUUGCGGUGUGCGAUACCGGCGAUCGAUGCCACAACGGAGGCGAAUGCAUCGAUGGACCGGGCCUGGAAUUCGUGUGCCAAUGUGUGGAAGGCUACGAGGGACGAUUUUGUGAUGCCGAAACGAACGAGUGCGACCCAUCGCCCUGUCAGAACGGUGCAAUAUGUAUCGAUAAGUUUGCCAGCUACGUAUGCGCGUGUGCAAUGGGAUUCACCGGUACGAAUUGCGAGGAGGAGAUUAUGCUUUGCGAGAAUUCGCCAUGUGCCAAUCAGGCGCUGUGUUUGGUAGAAGAAAAUGAACCAACCUGUUACUGUGUCCCGGAUUUUCAUGGAGAACGAUGCGAGUAUCAAUACGACGAGUGUCAACUGGGCCCUAAUCCGAGAUGUGUAAACGGAGGUACCUGCGUCGAUGGAGUAGACGAAUACUUUUGCACGUGUCCGCCUGAUUUAACAGGUGCUAAUUGCGAGUGUCUAAUAACGGACAACUCCAAUAUGGAUUGUAACUACACAGCUCCGGAAAUGACAACUGUAGAGUUUGGAUCUUCCACCGAAUUGUUUGUAUCUAGCAUUAGUUCAAUAUACACUGAGGGCGAGGCAGAGUUGGGGGCUAUCUCGACCAUUUCUGCCGUGUUGAAAAACGCAUCGGUUAGUACAUUCCUACCAGGAUUAAUUAAUACUACGCACUUGAUCACUGAAGAAAUCGGAUAUUCGAGUUCUACGCCUUCUACUUUUGUAGAUGGCGCUAGUAAACAGAGUACCGAGGUAACGAAGUUGCAGUCCAUAACAUCAACCGUAAAUGUCGAUGCAAUCACUACUUCAAAAGAGAUCGAUUCGUACCCAACUCAACAGACUACAUUAGAAGGAGAGUUGGGUUCUGAAACUAGUGCAACAGCUGGAGGGUGGCUAGAAAAAUCAACGCAGCCAACAAUAUCGGUUACAGGAAGCGCAGAUCAGAAAACAGUUAGUUCAUUAGAUGGAGGUGACCUUGUAACCGUAUACGAUAGAGAACCCUCGACUUUCCCGACUGUUACAUCUACUGAAAGUGCUGCUUCAGGCAGCAUUACAUCUAGACCUGUUGAAGUUGGUCAACCCAAUCUUACUACAAUCUCAGUCAUCGAGCUCGAAACAAUACCUGUUACGACGAAGACAGACCAUGAAUUCUCUUCACCUGAUCGUUCUACCGAAACUUCAUCCGUCGAAAUCACACUAGCCCCAUUUUUCACAGAAUAUCCAGGUCCUGUAUCAACCACAAUUUUGCUAGAAGAUCGCGAGACUGGUACUUCUCAAAUGCCUCCAGUUGCUUAUUCCACAGUGACGACUUCGUCAACUACUAGAACUACAUCGUAUAGCAGACCUACGGAUAUUGUCAUUACCGAGUGUGACGAUACGGUUUGCACUAAUGGCGGAACGUGUGCUAUGACCCCAAGUGGGAUAAAAUGUCACUGUGAUUUCCGCUAUGUUGGCACAUUUUGUGACGUUCCGGUUAGCAUCCAAAAUGCAGCUUUUUCGAAAGAUUCCUUUUUACGGCACAUGAUCUACCGCAGGAAUGAGAGCGGAGUGUUGGGUGCAUCGAUCGAUCAAGUGUUGGCGAUUCGUGUGCGAUUCAAGGCAAAGUUUACUUCUCGAGAAGGUUUAAUUAUGCUUGCGGCAGCUGAGGGAACGGAUGGAAGUCACUACGUAGCGUUGUUUUUGAACAAGGGCUUGCUCCAAUUUCAGUUUUCCUGUGGACUGCAAACGAUGCUUUUGAGUGAGAUCGAAGGACCCGUCAACAAUGGAUACGAGAUUAACAUCAAGGUUCAGCUAAAUUUCAACGACCGUUAUACGCAUUGCAAUGCAUCUUUGCACGUAAAUGAAACACUGGCAAUGAGCGGAGAGCAACCAACGUGGCUAAGGAACUUGGGUGCCUACAGUGAGAACGCAAAUGUGGUACCAAUCAGACAUAGCUGGGUGCAUUUAGGUGGACGACCCAUCAAGACGAUGUAUACCUUAAGUCACAAUAUCUCCCGUUCCCAAGGAUUCACUGGGUGCAUUUAUGCACUGGAAGUGAACCACAGACCCGUGGCCAUCUUUGAUAACGCCGAGGAUGCCUACAAGAUUUAUGAGUGUACCUCUUUAGCUUGCUUGUCGAGUCCAUGCAGAAAUGGUGCGAUUUGUGUCGAAGAUGAAAACGCUAAUCUAGAGAAUCGGUAUAAGCCCGACAGCCAAGCCACUUGGAGCUGUAAGUGUGCUUUCGGUUACAUGGGUAAAAUUUGCGAAAGAUCGAUCUGUGACAACAACCCGUGUAAAUUCGGUGGAACAUGCGUAACCUUUCCGGAGAGCGGCUACCUGUGUCUCUGUCCGUACGGCAAACACGGUCAUUUUUGCGAACACGAUUUAGACAUACUACAACCAUCAUUCUUCGGUAGCAUCAAAGGUAUAUCAUCGUACGUAGCGUAUCCCGUAUCAUUCUCACUGGAAGAUCGCUUCGAGUUCAGCUUCAAAAUUAUUCCGACGACUACGUCGCAAAUUUCGUUGCUGGCUUUCGUUGGACAGCUGGAUGAUCACACUGAAAGAGGCGAUCAUUUUUCUGUUAGCUUUAUUCAAGGAUUUAUUUUGGCGACUUGGAACCUGGGAAGCGGUCCUCGACGAAUCUUUACACAACAACCAAUCCACGUGCAACCGGCAAGACCAACUACGAUCAAUGUUGGAAGAAAUGGCCGACUCGCGUGGCUAUCCAUCGACGGUAAAAUAAACAUCUCCGGAAACUCACCCGGCAGCAGCAGUAAACUGAACGUUUCACCGUAUCUCUAUAUUGGAGGUCACGAGAACGUCAACUUCUCUAGUCUACCGCAUGACCUUCCAUUGCAUUCAGGUUUUCAAGGGUGCCUCUUUGAUAUUAAUAUCGUCGCAGGACCUGUGCACAUACCGCUACAACAUAUCGGAGGUAUGCGGGGUCGAAGUGUCGGUCAGUGUGGUACCAAGGAAUGUCAUCGACAUGCGUGUCAAAAUAAUGGAGCCUGCUUACAGCACGGUUCCACUUUUACCUGUAUAUGCCAGGAGGGUUGGAAUGGGCUGCUAUGCUCACAGAAAAAUAAUCCUUGCGAUAUAACCAACAAGUGUGCUCUCGAGUCCAGUUGUUUCCCACUGAUCACAGGAUACGAGUGUGACUGUCCGUUUGGAAAAAUCGGAAAACGAUGCGAAUUAAACCUAAAGUAUCUGAGUGACGUAUCUUUCUCCGGCAGAAGAUCCUACCUAUCUUUGAAAUGGCCGUCAAUGAUUAGUGACUACUCCUAUCUGGAAAAUGAGGUUCGUUACGAAAAGAUUAUUCAAUCACCCAGUCUUAUGUCUCAGAACCACUCAAUACUCCUCAAAUCGAUUAAAGAAUUAGACAAGAUCAACGACGUGCUGAAAAUAAGCAAAAAUGAAACUGCUAGUAAUCUGUACGCUCACACAUUGAUUCCACGAUCGGAGAACUACCGACAGUUAAGGAUCCGUUAUCUAUCGAUCGAGCUUCAAGUACGGCCACUUUCAGAAAAGGGGUUGCUCCUGUUCGUGCGAACAUUCGAUUCCAACGAACGGAAGCAAGGUUUCAUCAGUUUGAGCCUACAGGGAGGAGUUGUCGAGUACCGCGUAUCGCCAGCACAGAUGCAAACUACGGUAGUUCGCAGCAAUCACGUGCUAGCGAUAGGUGAAUGGCAUACCGUAAAAAUCAUAAAAUUCGGAAAACGAUUGACGCUCUGGGUGGAAGGGAAAAGCACCUCGACUCUUGGAUCGGUUAAAGAAGAAUUUAUUAGUCCUUCGUCCAAAGUGUUCCUCGGUGGACUGUCCGAUUUAUCACAAGUUCCACUUGAUGCCAUGUCCGGAUUCCCAAUGCCAUUCAGAGGCUGUAUUCGAAAUGUAAAUCUGAAUGGAACUCGAAUCACGUUGAAUGAAAGCAGUAUUCUGGAAGCAAGAAACGUCAACGACUGCGAUGGAACGGCUUGUGGUAGAGAUCUCUGCACACGAGGCGGUAUCUGCUGGUUAGACGAGUACUCGCAGCCGCACUGUAAAUGUCCCGAAUACUCUAAAGGUGUCAGCUGUGAAAUUCAAGAAUCGUGCGAAACGAUAAAGUGUCAAAACAAUGGACAAUGCUUGAAGAAUGGCCGUUGCAGCUGCGCUAUUGGAUGGGCUGGUUAUUACUGCGAGAUUGCCACCACAAAAUUCUCAUCGUUGGGAUUCAACGAUCGAAGUUAUAUUCUAAUCCCGUCUCAGAAGAUAAAAAUAAAAGAUAAAAGAAACGGCGAAUCCGGAAGCAUCAGUCCCCGGCUGGAAUUGCAAAUUUCAUUUAAUAUUUCUACCCUAGAUGAUGGUGUUAUUUUCUGGACUACUGACAGAUACUCUAGGUAUUUUGGAAUAGGCGUACGAGACGGGUUCAUCACUAUUGCUAGUAAUAUGGUUCAUGAAGCGGAUAAUGUUACGGUUAGAGCGAGUCCGUGGAAAGCAUACGUUACAGAUGGAGACUGGCACAAUAUACGUGUCGAAACAGCAAAUGAGAUCGUUCAGGUAUUCGUUGAUGGUGUUCCGUUAUUUUCCGAAUUAAGACUCGUUUCGGAAGGUGAUGGAUCCGAGUUCAAUAGACGGUUCACUUCCGAUGAAGUAACCUUCUUAGGAGGUUUUCCCGACGAAGACACCCAAAAUCGGACGUUUGGCAGUUUCAGCAACUCGUUUAGCGGCUGUAUACAGAGCAUUUACCUGGGGAAUAAUCCGGAAGAGCUAGACUACACGACUUACGAAGGAGCAAACAUUGACGAGUGCGAAGUUUGAAAAGGAUGAUUAUUCGGUGCUUCUUGUUUUUUAUAUAUGUAUUAUUUUUAAUUACUCGCUAUUCCUAAAAGUUGACCGUAAAUUAGUCGUCGGUUAAAUCGAAUAUGAGAAAACCAAUGCAAUACUUCAAAAUAAAGAAUAAGCUGUAAUACGUAUUGACUAGCGCAUAAGGUAAAACAUCGAUCUUGUAUAGAUAGGGUCGUUUUUAUGUUGUUAGGUAUUGUUUAUCAUUCCUGUCAGAGUGUUACGAAUUUAGCAGGCAAAUAAUAAUUUAUACGUGUAGUAGUUA